CCCGGCUGUUGGGGCGCCUCGGCCCGUUUAGAAACUUUGCUUGCUGCGUCCAGAGUUCACAGACUCACUGAUACGAGCCGGGAAAGAGGGCUCGGCCUACUCAGAUUGAGCAGUUUUGCCGCCACACAGAGCGGGUGUCGGCCAAGCCUUUCGUGCCUCGGAUGUGGUUCUCCAUUCGUAGGAGUCCCAGCAUCUGUAAGGUAGUCAGAGCAGGCGUGUGUUUUGUAGGGUGGAGUAGGCGUGGACGGAGACGUUGAGCAGCUGCAAGUCCGUCUGGGCCGCGUUUACCUGUACAGUAUCAGCGAGGAUGACUCUGCUUAUUCUCUGGUCGAGGUCCAAAGGAGAGAGACGUCUGCAGUGCUGGACAUGAAAUGGUGCCACGUCCCGGUGGCUGGCUGUGGCAUCUUGGGUGUGGCGGAUGCCAGUGGAUCUGUAGAGCUGCUCCGCCUGGUGGGGCCUGAGAAGAGCAGGCCCCUCCUGGAGCCUUGGUGCAGCUUCUCGCUAGGGGAGGAGCGUCUGGCCUUGUCACUGGAUUGGUCCACAGGAAAGCGUGGAAGAGUCAGUGACCAGCCCUUGAAGAUCGUCAGCAGUGACUCCAAGGGGCAGCUGCACCUCCUCAUGCUGGACGAAGCAGGGCCCAGGCUGCAGCCAGUGGCCACAUGGGAAGCCCACCGCUUUGAGGCCUGGAUCGCUGCUUUCAACUACUGGCAGACAGAAGUCGUGUAUUCAGGUGGGGACGAUGGCCUACUGAAAGGCUGGGACACCAGGACUCCUGGCUCGUGUGUCUUCACCAGCUCAAGCCAUGCCAUGGGUGUCUGCAGUAUCCAGAGCAGCCUGCAUCGGGAGCACAUGCUGGCCACAGGGAGCUAUGACGAGCAUGUGCUCCUGUGGGACACGCGGAACAUGGAGCAGCCACUGGCCGACGCUCACGUGCAGGGUGGGGUGUGGAGGCUCAGGUGGCACCCAUUCCACCACGACCUUCUCCUGGCAGCCUGCAUGCACCGAGGCUUCGCAAUCCUCGACUGCCAUGAUGUCACAGAGAAGCAGGAAGUAACAGUCUUGGAGUCCCACAAGCUGCCCACCUCGCUGGUGUAUGGGGCUGACUGGUCCUGGCUCGUCUUCUGUUCUCUGCAGCCAGUGCCCCCUGCAUCCCUUCCUGACAUUGACAUAGGAGACCAUGUCUGUGGCCUGAAAGUUGCAGAGGACAUGAGGGAUAGCAGCAGCCAACCAUACAUCCCAGCCAAGUUCUGUGACUCUGACUUCUACCUCAAAGGGGCGAACUCUGACAUUAGGCUUCUGGCCACCUGCUCCUUUUACGAUCACGCUCUCCACCUCUGGAAAUGGGAGGACCAGAACUAGAGAAAACAAUCCAAAAAUUCAUUUGGAACCAGAAGAGACCUAGAAGAGCAAAAGCCAUUCUAGGCAAC